AACAAAGAGACACACAAUAGAAUGAACGCAUUGAAGUACAUGGGACAAAGUGAGUCCAUUAGAAUGGAUCAAUUGCUGAUGGGCCAACAGUAUGGCUUCUCUGUUGACCAGCUUAUGGAACUUGCUGGUCUAAGUGUGGCAGCAUCCGUCCAGAAAUGUUAUGGGUCAUUGGCUAGAUCACCAAAGAGAGUACUAGCAAUAUGUGGUCCAGGAAACAAUGGAGGUGACGGACUUGUUGCCUCAAGACAUCUUGUACACUUUGGUUAUGCAGUAGAUGUACUCUAUCCAAAGAGAACAGAUAAGGACUUGUAUAAGAACUUGGUACUUCAAUGUCAACAUGUUGGUAUUAGCUUCUUGGAUAACAUGCCAGCAGAGUCUGAAUUGACAUCAAGAUAUGGAUUGGUUAUAGAUUCAAUCUUUGGUUACAGCUUCAAAGGUGAUAUUAGAGCACCAUUCGACUCGAUUAUAAAGACAUUGACGGGAUUGAACUCACAAUCAUUGCCAAUUGCCUCUGUUGACAUACCAUCGGGAUGGGAUGUUGAGCAAGGCAAUGUCAACAACACAUUCACGCCAAGUCUGCUCAUCUCUUUGGCCGCUCCCAAGAAGUGCGCCGAAAGCUUUAAAGGUACUCACUACCUUGGUGGACGAUUCCUUCCACAAUCAUUCCUCGAUGAGUUCCAACUCAACUUGCCUCAAUACCCUGGUGCAGAGCAAUGUGUAGACAUCUCUCUGCAGCCAUCCUCAUCC